AUUCUCAUGCCAAUCCUUUUCGGUCCAUGUCUUAAGGACAAUCUCUCGCCAGAAGUCCCCUGACCCGACUUUCACCCAUAUCCCUCGUUGAACGCGUAGGCCUACGUUCAGACCGCCAACAUCGUCAUAACCUGUCCGAUUCAUCAACAGCAUCAUCAUUUGGAAGAUCAUCAUCAUGAAGUUCCGCAGUUUUCUUCGCCUGUACGCCAUAUACAACGGCUUUCUACGUUUCGAUGCCGUCGUUGAACAUGGCAGAUUCUCCAAAGCACUGUUUUUUCGAGAAAGUAUCGUCUUCACAAUAGAACAGAAGGUUUUUUUCAACAGAAAAUCGCAUUUUAACUUGGAAGAUGCUAAAUGCAAUCACCUACAGUACCCGCCUCGUUUUGAAAAUAGAUUCUUGGGAUCUCCUCCAGAUGAAACAUGGCGGCCAAUUCAGAAGUGGCGGGCCUGUUCGAUGAGUUUGUUUCGAGCCAUUUCGGCAUCGCAAACUCAUGCGAGAGAGUGAAAGAGAUACUGUGCUCUUUUGAAACGUUGACAACCACAUCAUACACAGUUUGGAAAAGCGAAAAAAGCUUUGGUGAAGAGAUGGGUACAGGCUUUCCAGAAUGGUCGAUUCUUGGUUCAGGUUCGAACAAACAAUGGUCUGGAGCGACAAAAUAAACUGUUCAAACACACAUAUCUGAAGCACUAUAGUGAGAAGUCGCUGUCAAAGAUGUUGACCACAUUGAUCAAGGAGUUUCUACCGGAGAGACUUUAGCACUACAUUGAUAUAUACAGUGUGUCCUCAUCAGAGUACAGGGGGUACAAGGAAGACGUGCUGCCACGUUUCCUUCAUGAGCGACCCAAGCAGUUUAUUGAGCACUGCAAGAAACGCUAUACCAAUUCAUCAGGUGUUGAACUCUCUGGUGACCAGCCCAGUGAACCAGGAAAAUUCAGAGUGAUAAGUGAGGAUGGUAGAAACUGCUAUGAAGUUAACCAUGGGAUGGACUCUGAGUCUCCAUCAUGCACCUGUCCUGACUUUGCCUUGACUUUCUGGCCCUGCAAGCAUUUUUUUGCUAUUUGGAAUGCUGAUAAAGGUUACGCAUGGAAUUCCUUACCAGCCUGGUACAUGAAUUCGCCAUUCCUAAGUAUUGACAAUCAUGUCAUAUUUAGGUCGAAACAAGAGGUUGCGGCUGUAUCCGAAUCAGUAUCACCGAUACCGUCUGUUUCUCCUCAACCAUCUGAUUCUUCUUCCGUGACAAACGAAAACAGUGAUUGUGAAGUUGAAGUGUUGCCUCAAAUUCCAUUAAAGACUUACCCGAAGAGGACGACUGUCUCAAAAUGUGUGGAGUACCUUUCAACACUGAAGAAUAUGGUGUAUGACGUUACUGAUGAGGAGGACUUGAACAAUUUCCAGGCAGUGCUCCAAGAACAACUCGAUCGCCUGAAGGCUGGUUGUGAUAUUGAUUCUGGCUUGACUGUGCUAAAUUCUUCAAAACAGACCACCAAAAAAAAACCCAUCCAAAAGCUGGCAACCACCAAACUACUAAACAUCCCAUCAGCUUUGAAAAGAAAAAACAAUUUUUCAGGGCGCGUAGGUAAAAGGGCAAAUCUGAUGAAGACGAACUUUCAAGUCAAUGUGCCCGUGGACUUAAAAAUACAUCGAAAAAGAAAAACGGACAAUGCAUCGUCAAAACGCGUGUGUGAUUGCGCAGGAAGUCACGAGAUGCCGCUCACACCAGCUAUGCCCUCCAUGCCAUCUGUGUCAUUAGAGACACCCGUAUCCUCCAAGCCAUCCGUGUCGCCCAACGAAUUCGUCUCGUCUGAGCCAUCCAUGUUCUCCAAGUUAUCUGUCCCCUUCAAAUCCAAGCCAUCCGAACCCUCAAAGCAAUCUGAGUCACAAGUGUUUGCCAAGCCAACUGUGUUCUCCAAGCCAAACAUGUCCGCAAAGCCAUCAGUGCCAGCCGUGCACUCUUUGAACAAAACUGUUGUGAAAAUUGCUCCUCACAGUAUCACUUCACUUCAGCUACACUCGCUUUGUUCUGAACUCCCAAAAGGGAAACUUCUGGCACUGAAAGCAAUGGACCCAGUCUUCAGGGAAGGUUGGCUAUAUGACGAAAUACUCAAUGCCUAUUUCAAUUGCUUGUGUCGUGAAAACCAGAACUUACUAUAUAUCUCCUCUUGCUCAAUGCUCAUCAUUGAAAAAGGUUCCAGUAUUGGUUCAUUGUUCACGGAAGAGAAAGAAAACUUGGCGGGAGAAACUCUCAUCAUUGCGCCGUGGAAUUCUAGUGGUGGUCACUGGGUGAUGGUGUGUCUUGGCAUUGUGAAUAGGGUGGUCAUUUAUAUGGAUCCAUCCCAAAAAAUUGUUGAUGGAACAACAGGUGUUAAUAGUGUGAAAGCCAUCAUUGCCCUAAGAAUGAUGGCCAGGGUGGCCAAAGAGAAGUUUGGCAUACAGAGUGUGGCACUGUCAUGUCCUCCGCACUCCACGCAGAGUGACGGUUCUAGUUGUGGUGUGUAUGUGUGCUGGUUUGCCCACCAAUUAGGCUUGCAAUGGUCUGUUACACAGCAUCUAGACCAGCGUCAGUUCAGAGGACUAAUUCUUGAGAAGAUCAGGAAAUAUAAUGUAUUGUAAAGUUAUUGCGCAGUUCCAAUAUUGGUUUUCGUUGUUCAUGACACCUUGGAUUCAUUGCAUUUUUAUCAGUGAUUGUUGUAAUCAGUUCUUCCAGGAUAAUACUAGAGAGUUCUUUCGAUUCUGUACUCUGUCAACGAAUAUUAGUAACUAGUAUUGUAUAAAACUAUGUUGUCCUUAUGAAUAUAUGUAUUGAAUUUUGCAUUCUCGAAGGUGUAAGAACUGCAUUACAUGUAAUCAAUAUUGUGCCUCAGUUGUGUCUUUCUCAUUGGGCACUGUUCUUGCCUGGAGCUUGAAAUAAUGAAAUGGCCAGGGCCAUUGUGCUCACCUCAUGUGGAGGAAAGAUGGAUAAA